AUGGAACAAGGCAAGAUCGUACCCGAUCCUCCUAAAUAUGACCGAAGUCGGCCACUUCCAACCGUCGAGCUUGUAUACCAGAAUCAGCUACCAAACUGCCCUGGAAAAUCUAGCGUCGGCCUCUUAGUUACCUAUCCUCCCCGCGGCUCUACACCUCCUCACCGCCACGCAGGAGCUUCUGUAUCUGCAAUCGUACUCGAAGGGACGGUACUCAAUAAGAUGAACGACGAGCCAACUCGUGUGGUUGAGCAGGGCGGAAGCUGGUUUGAGGCCCCAGGCUGUCACCAUAAGGUCAGCGAGAACUACAGCGAUGCGGAACCCGCCAAACUGCUAGCGACGUUGAUUGUGGAUACAGAGGUUGUUGAGAAGGGUGGAGUUGCUGCAUUGGUGGUUUAUGAUGAAGAAUAUAGAGACAUUGGGGUCAAGACUUAG